AUGAUCAUUAAGUGGGUGCUCCGUCAUAUUGGCGCUUGCUUGGCUAAGGACGACAACACCCCAAAAGAAGGAUACCUCUACUAUAAUGACGCGUUGAGACAUCAUGAGAGGAGACGUGCUUUCAACAUCUCUGAGUUGAAGCGCCUUGCUGCCCUAGCAGUUCAGCAGAAGGAAGAUGAUGUCGCCAGCUUCGAGAAGCUUGCCGAAGGAGGGUUCAAUCGAAGUUUCAAGAUCACCAUGCGAGACGGCUUCCAAUUUGUUGCACGAAUUCCUUACCCAGUCACUGAACCAAAAUCUCUACUGGUUGCAAGUGAAGUCGCAACAAUAGAUUUUCUCCGUUCUCAUGGCAUUCCAGUUCCUAAAAUAUAUAGUUACUCUGCCGUUGCAGAUAACCCUGCAGGUACAGAAUACAUCUUUAUGGAACUUGUUCAAGGACAAAACCUAGGUGAUAUCUGGUUUACUUUGUCUGAACAGGAGAGGAUAACGCUGGUCACUAAGCUCGUACAACUGGAGUCUCGCCUAUUUGGCUUACAGUUUCCAGCAAGUGGAAGUCUCUAUUACUACGAUGACUUGCCAGCCCAUGAUAACCCGGUCAUUGUUCCAAGUCCCAGUUCAACCCGGUGUUUCUGUCUAGGCCCCGGUACUUCGCUUGGGUUAUGGAAUGGGAAGAGACUCCACUUACCGGUUGAGCGCGGACCAUGUCCCUACUUUACCGAAGAUUUCAAUGAAUUGGAGGAGAUACACCAGGUCCAACAUGCGGAACUUUUCCGCAAGCGUCAACUUCACUAUCUCUAUGUCAAAUUGACUGCGGAGAAGAAUCCUGAGCACUAUGAUGCCUUGACCUAUCAUUUCAGCACCUUACGACGGCAGGUUUUUCACCGUGCCAGUGACCCUUGGAAGGGUGACAAUAUGACCUUGAAAGCUGAUCUGGUUACACUGUCAAGAAAUUGGGGAGAAUUGACCGGUGAUGCGAGGAUACCUUGCCCAAUCUUCUUUUCACGCGACGAAUCGAGCGAAUGUCUGCGACUGGCACGUCAACAAUCUGACGCCGAUAAACAAUUUCAGGCUUGUCAAGAAGCAAUUGGAGUUGCAAAUGAGGGGUGGGUUCCAGUCGAAUACUACGACGAAGCAAAAGGGCGCGAGAGAAAAUUACAAGCAGACGCUCUUGAUGCUGCUGAAACAGAGGAGGAGAGAGUUAGAAUCAACGAAAAUUGGAUUUUUGACGACUUUUGUGAGGAGGAUUACACUUGA